UUAAUCAGCGGCAAGAAUGUUUCAGCGUCUGGUUAUUUAAACUUUGAAUAAUUUUGACAGCAGAAUUUUUUUUCAGUGUUUGUACCCGGUGGGUUGACAUAAACACGUCUGUUGUUAGAGUAAAUAAUAUUUUGAUUUACAGGAUUACAGAACACGGAUUACGAUCAUAUUACGGGAGCUAAAUUAAAAUUGAUCCCUUACUUUCUUAAGUGAGGUUAUCAGUGGAUGUUUUUGUCAGUGAGUAGGCAUCGUAUAAAUUAUCAGUGUCACCCAUCGGCAGAAGGGCCAAACAUCUUACUGUAUAUCCCCAUAGCCAGGAACCACAGGGUUCCUCACAUAUCCCCUGACACUGGGUGCAAGUUAGAGGCAGAGGAUAAGGAGGGAAGAUCCAUUGCAACAUGCUUCUCAGUCACAGUUGUACACAGACAGAACCACAUACAGCCGUGCCAAGUAACCAGUCCUUUUAGUCUCUUCAGUGCCAUGACAUUGAUUUGAAUCAUUUCAUUUAAAUUGUCAAAACAGCUUCUAUUUUGAAAUGAUCUCAUAAAUCUCUUCUUCUGCUUAAAAAAACCCACCUGUUAACUCCAUCUUUACCCUUCUCCUUUAUGGGCACCUGUGCAGUCCACUCGAGAAUGUGGACCAGACAUUUCCACCUGUUACAACGACUUAAUGUCAUUGUCAUUUUAAAAGGAAAAACUUUAAAAAUGAAUGAACAUUGACCCACUUGUCUUACACGCUGAAGAAGUACUGUGUACAUGGACCAUUUUGACACUCAACAGGCGAAUGACGGUGGUGGGCUUAGCACUUAAAGGCUCUCAAAUGUCUCAUAGCCCAAGCAAUGCCAAGCCCCCACCCCAAACACUUGACCCCUGCUGACGUAGGCUGUCCAUUUACAUUUAGGGACACCGGCUCACUCCAUUCUUAAUACCAUUUGUAUUGUGGAGAGAAUCAGGCGUCAGGGAUAAAGUGUGAGAGAAAUUGAUUUUCUUGACUUAAUACACUGCAGAGUUCAUUUAACUUGAGCUUUACAGUUUUAGAGAUUUAAAAUCUUCAUAGCUGGUGAUUGAUGAUUUUUGAAUCUUUUUUCGCUGGAUUUCUUGUUUCACAUUUAUGUACUUUAAUUAGUUUGCACACCAAUGUGAAGCACUGAAGGGUAGAGCUGGCUACGAUUUUUGAAAAAGUCUUUUCGUCUGUUUCACAGACAUUGCUAGUCCUAUUUUUGUCACAAGUGGUUGUCCUAACGUGAUUUCUAUAUCAGCGGAAGCCAUGAGUACCUUGGUAACGAAGACAGUAGAAGAUGGCAGCAUUGCGAACUUUGACCUCAUCCAAAAUCGGAUUGAGUCACUGAGCAUCAAAAUGGACAAGCUCAUCAACAUUCAAGAAAAGGUCCUCAACCGACUAGACGGGAUGUCCCAGGACAUUGAUGGCAUUGAAAAGGAUAUGGAGAAUCUGAAGGUUGACAAGGAGGAGAUCCAUCUGCCACCAAGGGUAGUGAACCAGACCCAAGUCAUGGGGCGAGAAGUAAGGGAGAUAUGCCAGGAGAUGAGCACCAUCAUGUCGGUGGUGAACCAGCGGUCUGAGCAGCAGGCUCAGAAGCUGGAAGGGAUGGAGAAACUGGUCCUCAGCAUGCAGCAGGUGAUCAGCUUCAUUGGACAGAAGUUGAAGAGUUCGAGGAUUAUGGAGCUGAUGUUCAAAGGCCCUACAGUUCGGAAGGGCUCCAAACCCAAAGACAAUAAAGGAAAGCAAGCUAUCAAGAAAAAAACAUCUACAGAUAUAAUGACCAAGAAGCUUGACAAGAAAACUACUUCUAAUAAAGCCAAUAAAAGGAGUCAACAGAUAGAUCCUGCAUGUGAGCCCAGUACUCCACAGCCUUCUCACAAGAUAAAGCUCCAUGGACCAAAGCAUUUCAUCGCCUGUCGCAAAUGUGGAAACUUUUUGAAAGAACAUAAAGGUAAAGAUGGGACAGAGAAGCCAUGUUUGAGCCCUAAGAGUCAGACAGCUCAAAAGAAGAUGAAGCCCCCAGAUACAGCAGAUAAUAUCUCUUUGAAGAAGCAGGUUUUGCUACUUGAAGAGGUGCAGAAACUCAACAGGGAAAAUGCAGAGAAAUCAGGUCCCCAGCUCACCCCUGGAUAUCUGGAUUUGGAGGCUGGAGUGCCCCCUGAAGAUCAACAGCCUGAUGUUCCUGCAUGUAAUUUGGUGGACUCCUUGCUUGAAGAUUCCCAGGUUGCUGAGAGCCGUGAGGAUGUGGAGGCAGUUAGUGAGGAGGAGGCGGGGGAAACAGUGCCUGAGGGAGAGGCAGUGGUUACCGAGAAGGAACCCAAGCUUGAUGUGGAGGAUGCUGUGAAAGAGACAGAAGAUGAAAAGCUUGAAGUCGCAGAGGAAAAGAAGGAAGAGGAAGCUUCAGUUGCAGAAGAAAUAACUAAAGCCCCAGAGCUACCUGCAGCCCAUCAUAAUGAAAAAGAACCAACUGCUACAAGGCCUGAUGACCACAGAGAUGCCACCCCAUCUCAAGAGGCCGGGCAAGACCAGUUAGCAGAGAUCAGCACCACAAUCAUCAAGUCCUUUGUUACUGAGGAACACAUUGUGUUGGGAGAACCCACAAAGAGUUCUUCUUUGGUGGUGGUGGAGGAGGAAGAGGAGGAGGAAAAGAGAGAAGACAAGGAGGACGAACAGAAGCUUGAGUCCGAGGGCUGGGCCGUCUUCAGGGCAGAUGGAGUUGAAAUCCAGUUAAACCUUCAACAAAGGGUGGCGAGAGGGAGGAAAGAAAAUGAUGCAGAAAAGGAGGAUGAUGACAAUCCUGAGCGGUACUUUAUUGACACCACUCCUCCUCCAGCGGCUCCUUUUAAUCACCGCAUUGUGUCGGCCAAGCCGAACCAGAUCAGCAACUUCUACACCAUCAACUGGCAGGAGGUCCUGGGCGGGGGUCGCUUCGGCCAGGUGCAUAAAUGUGUUGAAAACUCCUCUGGUCUCACUUUGGCAGCGAAGGUCAUCAAAGCCAGGAGUCAGAAAGAAAAGGAGGUGGUGAAGAAUGAGAUCCAGGUCAUGAAUAAUCUGGACCAUGCCAACCUGAUCCAGCUCUAUGCAGCUUAUGAGUCAAGGAAUGACAUCAUCCUUGUACUUGAAUAUGUUGGUGGAGGGGAGCUGUUUGACAGGAUCAUUGAUGAAAACUACACUUUAAUGGAGCUGGACGCCGUGGUGUUCAUCAGGCAGAUCUGUGAGGGCCUGCAGCACAUGCACAAAAUGUACAUCCUACACCUAGACUUGAAGCCAGAAAAUAUUCUGUGCGUGAGCAGAGUCACAAAUAAGAUCAAAAUCAUCGACUUUGGUCUCGCUAGGGUAUAUAAACCAAGGGAGAAGCUGCGAGUGAAUUUUGGUACUCCAGAGUUUCUCGCUCCUGAAGUCGUCAACUACGACUUUGUGUCGUUCAACACAGACAUGUGGAGCCUUGGUGUCAUCACCUACAUGCUUCUGAGUGGUCUCUGUCCCUUCCUCGGCGAUGAUGACAAUGAGACUCUGAAUAACAUCUUGGCCUGUCAGUGGAACUUUGAGGAACAAGAGUUUGUAGAUACAUCCAAGGAAGCCAAAGAUUUCAUCUCCAGGCUCCUGCUUGUCAAUAAAGGUUGGCGGAUGGGGGCAUCUGAGGCCUUAAGACAUCCUUGGCUAUCUGACUCAGUGCUUCAUUAUCGCCUUCACACAAAGAAAACUAUGUGCAGAUCACGACGAUCAUCUUGUGUGCCCACGACUGAUAGUUGAGGACUCUACAGUGAUGUGACAGCUCCAGCUGCGGCCACUCGGACCAACCCUCCUGUCCAUGUAAAUUACCUAAAUUUCAGUCGAAAUUUGAUCCAUUGUGCCGUGUAAAUGUAACGCAUAUGCCAAAACAAUAUGCAAGAGAACAGUUUCAUUUCUAAAUGGGAUUAAAUAGGCGACAGUCACAGCAAGCAUUGUACUGCAAUACUUUUCCCAUGAAUAGUGCACAACUCAUAAUUGUUAAGCUAAUGGAAAAACAGGUGAAAGAAAUAACAGGAACAUCUUAUAACAUUAAUCAGUUGCCAUUCGACCUUUGUGAAGCUUACAAUGUUCAAUUACUGUGGAGGCUGUCUAAGAGAAAUGAUAACUCAGCUGUUGAGUUUGUAACUUGUGGUAGUGUUUUAUUUUAUUACAUUACUUUGUCAGGUGUUUUUUAAUUUUUUUUCAUCCUGUUGUAGAUGGUAUUUCAAAGUGGUGCUUAGUCAUAAUCUGACGUAGCAUCAUUUGACACAUACUAUCAUACAUAUAUGCCUGACUGUGUGUGUGUGUGUGUGUGUGUGUGUGUGUCACCUUCGCCUUGAAACAUGCAACUUUCUACUUCACUUUCAAAUAUCCACUCACCCUCACUUAUCUGUAACCAAACACACUGUGCCGUCAUUGUUUGCUGCUGUUUUCAAUUUCUGCUGAUACUGUAGAUGAGAAGUUACAUGUUUAGAAACAUACCUCAACUGCCUCUGUAUGAGGGCUACAGCAUGAUUCAUAUUAAGUGACUGUAAUAAUCUGUGCUGCCUUUCUCCCCUCUCAGUUAGAAAUAUUCUUUUUGGGCUGUAAAUAGAUGCAGAACCGUAGAUUAAAACCCUGAUUUUCUCAUAUUUUAGGCGAUGUUUAUUGUACGUAUGGAAAGAAUGGAAUUUGUGUGGUUGGUGUCAUGAGCUGUAGUAUGUGCACUUUAUACUGUUAUUUAUUUAAAUAUAUAUUAUACAUGAACCUAGUAGUUCCAUUGAAAAGGCUUGUGCGGUCGGAUCGCCUCGUGUCCCCUUCAUCUGUUUCAUCCUUCUUUGUCCCGGUGUUCAUAAAGAAAAUAUAUUUCACCAACACAGUUUAUGUGUUUGUCAGUUAAGUGUAUUAUUUUCAUUCUUUGUUGCAUGUCGUAAUGUGUUAUGUGUUAUCAGCCAUUAAAUCUUAAACUUGACAGAAACAGAGUAAUAACUUUUUAAAACUUUUUUUUCUUUGUUCUUUUUUAUUGUACUCUACGCUUGAGCUGUCAUACCACUCCAGUGCCAAUCUGGCUGCAUAUUCAUGUCACUGUAGAUGCUUUUUCCACAUUACAAAGUUAUCUUUGAAAUACCUUCUGUGAAGGUUCACUAACUGAAAGUAAUACACUACCUACCUUAUGAUGCCUAAGUGGAUAAAAUAUUGUUAGAACUAAGUUUUUGUGAUUUUUAUUUAACUUCAUGAUUAAUGUUACAUUACGUUUUUGUUGAACACAGAGCGCUAGUAAAAGAGGCUGUCCCCACCAAUUGUUAACAAUUUCAAAUUCAGCAUGUAUUUGUGAAGUGUGUACACAUCCAUUAAA